AUGCUUCAUGACAGUUAUCGCGUUUACCCCAUACGAUGGAUUUAUUUGUUGGCAACGAGCAUGAUAAACUUUUCCAAUGGAAAUGUAACAUUGAUGAAGUUGGACUGUACAAUUACUAUUUUCUUACAGACAUGGAUCACAUAUGCUGCAAUCACUUUCUACACUAAUAAUUAUUAUGAUAAUAGUAAUGCAGCUCUACUUUUCAACAUAAUUUUCAUGGUUCUUUCUAUACCCGUAGGCUUGUUAGCAUGCUGGUGGAUUGACAAAUUUGGACUUCGUUCAGCGGUUAGUGGAGAAAGUGGUUUCAGGAAAAAUAAUAGACAAUUUUUUUUUAAAAUUUGUUUUGUAUUUGAUAUGCCUUGGAUACUGUAUUAUGAAAGUGUUUGCAUUGCUAAAUUUUAGCAAGCUAGAAAAGUUUUUGAAUUUACUUCCCCACGUUUCACCGAAUCAAACAGCCCUUCUAAUCUUCAGAAACACCAGCGUGGAGCACCCACGCACUCUUUUUGCCAUUUGUAAAAUGUUGCGUUUAGUUGCAAUGAAAAAAAUGUGGCUAGAGUCGAGUUUAUGACUUGAAAUUCUCUCCUAAAAACAAGGAAGUAAUUUGAGAGCUGCUUAUCAGUAAAAAGCUGCGUGCAACCUUAGACUGAUAAUUUUUUGAAACUUUCCUAAACGUCAAUCAAAAAUCUAUACUUGAACCGCUACUACAAUAUAAUCCUUUGCAGUAUCACAUUGGAACGUGGUCUAACUUCUUGGGAAAUGUGAUUCGUUUAAUUGCUUCUGGAUCAUUUAUUUGUCGCUCGUACCGGUAACUGUUUACAUAUUUAAAAAGUAUAUCGAACUUUCAAGAUUCCCGAUUGCACUAACAGGGCAAGCUGUUGCCGCAUUUGCCCAACCAUUCGUAAUGUUCUUGCCAACCAAAUUGGCAGCCUACUGGUUUGCGGAUAACGAACGAGCCAUUGCGAAUACCUUGGCAUCCAUGUCCAAUCCAAUCGGUAUUGCUGUCAUGUACUCCUUAGCACCAGUUUUUGUCAAUCAAAAUAAUCCAGAUAACUUUUUCAACAUGGUUGAUAUUAAUAACUGACAAAAAGACACAAACAUUUUUAGAACAUUGCUGUAACCGCUGUUGCUACUAUCCCAGUCCUCUUAUCACUUUUCAUUAGAAAAUCCAAACCACCUACUCCAGCGACACCAUCCAGAGGCGAUGAUGUUCAUGAACCAAAAUUUCUAGAAGGCGUUGUUAAGUGCUUCAAAUCUAAAACUUUUAUAGUUUUAGCUAUCUGUCUAGGUAACGAAAUUUAUUGGUUUAACAAGACCUUACAAAAAAAAAACUUCAGGUGGUGGAGUUGGACUUUUUAAUGCUUUGUACAAUAAUUUGCAACCAGCUCUAUGUGUCAAAGGAUACAAUCCGACUUUCAAUGGAGGAAUGGGAACGUUGCUAAUCAUGUCGGGCUUAGUCGGAGCUGCUGUGAGCGGAAUGAUUGUUGAUAAGUGGGGAUCAUUCGAAACGGUGCUUUCCAGUUUUAUCAAAAAAUAUGAAUAACUUAAUUUUAGGUGAUGAAAGUGUCUUUUUGUAUAGCUGGUGUUGCGGCUGCAUCCCUCGCAAUCUGCAUUAACUAUGAGCAUGUUCAGUGGUGGGUUAUACUGUCAAUUUUUGUUUUUGGAGCUGCUGGAUUCUCUAUUUACCCUAUCGGAUUAGAAAUGGGUGUAGAAGCGACAUUUCCAGUGGCAGAAGCCACUUCUACUGGACUCAUCAUCAUGAUUGGACAAGUUCAAGGUGUUAUUUAUGUGAUAGCAACCAAUUUAGCAGUGGGUAAACCUGACUCUCAUGAUUUGGCUAUUCAAACUUGUGUUAACACCAAUGACCAGCUGCAUACAGUACUAACCUGGAAAUGUAAGAUCAACUUUUCCUACCUAAGAGUCCAUAUCGUCAAUUUUGCGUUUACAGGGCCUUUUAUAAUUUGGCUGGGAUGUAUAUCAAUUUUGAUUAUUUCUUUCGUGGUUUUUUUCUGGCCAAAAUACAAACGAAGGAACUAUGA